AUGGUUAACGCCGUGACGUCGUUCGCCACUGUGGCCUUGUCGCUAUUACCUUCGCUCAUCAACGCCAUUCCUACGCCUAACCCAUGGGGUGAGACGACAUACUUCCCUGUUGUUGACCAAUGGCUCCAAGACAAUCAUCCGGGCAAAUGGCCCAAGUGUACGGAAGACAAGAUCAAGAUCCGGAAGGACUUUGGGGCCAUGCAACAAGAUGAAAGAAAAGCAUACACCGAUGCCAUCAAGUGUAUCGCUUCCAAACCUUCUCAACUCGAUCAAACACUAUAUCCUGCUGCGAUCAACCGCUACUUCGACUAUGCUGUUACCCACGUCAACCGGACCAAAGUCGUACAUCUCGAUGGCUUCUUUUUGACAUGGCAUCGCUACUACCUCCAUCUUUUUGAGAAGGAUUUGCAAGAGACUUGCGGCUACAAGGGUGCUUUUCCUUAUUGGAACUGGCCUGCAACGGCCGAUAAUCUUCACGGCAGCGCAGUCUUUGAUGGAUCUGAGUACUCCAUGUCUGGAGAUGGUGUCUAUGUUGAUUCUGGACCAAUCGUCCUUGCUCCAACUUUGUCUCUGCCUCACGGGUCUGGUGGUGGCUGUGUCACAAAUGGCCCCUUUGCUGGCUGGGAAAGAACCAUGGCUGAUAUUUCAACUUCCCUCAUCGUCCAAGGCUUGCCAUUGCCUGACACCGCCUUCAAUCUCAACCGAUCAUGCCUGACACGUGAUCUCAACACCUUUGCGGCUCAAACCUGGACGAACUAUACUGCUCUCUAUCAAGCUCUCAAUGCCGACAGCUUGCAAACCUUUGAUGAGUUGAUCAAUGGUGUUGUUGGUGGAGGCUCUCUAGGCUUACAUUCUGGCGCCCAUUUUAUUGUUGGGUCGCCUGGAUCAUCCAUUUUUGUUUCCGUCAUGGACCCCAUCUGGUGGCCACUUCAUGCCAUGCUAGACAACCUCUAUACCUCCUGGCAGAUUCGCCAUCCCGAGCUUGCUAAUACUGUCAUUGGCACCGAGACCGCUCAAAACCUUCCACCUAGCAACAACGUGACUUUGGACUCAACCCUACCGAGUUGGGGUUAUUUUGGGGAGGAACCUCUCAGUAUUGGAGAGUUAAUCAGCACAACAGCUGGACCGUUCUGCUACAAAUACGACGUUCCAUUGUAA